UCUUUCGUCAAAGCAAUUUCAAAUUACAUCGUACUGAAUGUUUUAAUAACUCAAUUGAAAUAAGCCGAAUGUUUGUUUAAAACUUUUUGCGAGUUUAAUUCAAUUUUCAUUGAAUACAAAUUCAAUAAAGCUUUAAAAGUUUUUCAAAGUGUAUUUCUAGUGUUACCGCGAUGGAGUCUGAAAACCGCACGCUGGCUCGUCACAAACACGAUGAAGAGAACUGGCGGCGUCGCUGUGGCUGUUUGCGGACUAGUGACAAGCUAAAACAGAUCAUCGACUGUUUCCCGCCUCCACCGCCACCUACACCCGAAUAUCCAAAAGGAACGAGCGCUCUCGGGAACACCUGCAUCUCUGCGUUCUGCACGAACGUCCAUCACUGCUCAACUCUCCAGCCCCCAGCACACAACAAAGUGGUGAAGCUUAUCAAAGAAACCCACGAAGAGCUCGAGCCAGAUAAAACUUUGAAAAAAGCCAGAACUUGGCACGUGUUGAGCGAGCUGGUGCAGUUGCUGCAAAUAUCAGUGAUGGCUACUGCACUUGCGUUUUAUUACCUCAUCUACUGCUACAUGCAACUUGUUUACUACAUGUUGAGGAGUGCUCUAUAUUUCCACAAUGCCGACGGAGCCAUGAAAGUAACAAUAGCAGUAGUAACAAUAACAUCAUUCGUUGUUGCCUUCAAUCUUAUUCUGAAAAUUGAAAAGUUAGUUGGUGUUUUCUAAUGAACGAAUGUUUAUAAACCAUGGAAAUGCGAAUUAAAUUUUUAUGUACUUACAAAUACCAAUAAUGUGUUAUAAUCACUGAUACUACUUACAUUAUUCAUUGGGUAUAUUAUUAUCAUCAUCAUUCGAACAUCAUCUUAACCGAUGGACGUCCGGAAAUCGGGUUUGUUUAAAAGCUACAAAAUGUUUGCUAUGGGCGAAACGAUAAUGCGUCUUGGUCAAAUUUGUAGAGAUGGUUGAGCAGCUAGUUCUUUAAGCUUGGUUUUGUCACCUUUUUUGGAGAAGUAAAACAGUAUGAUUUUGCUUCUGUACCAAGCCUUGGCAAUGUGCUGAACGACGGUAGUGAACACGUAGACGACUUUAAGUAUCGAUUUUCCAACUGCUUUAAGAAGGUCUGCUGUGACUCCGUCAUCCUUCAUCGCCUUGUUAUUUCUAGGAUGUUUGAGAGCCAUAAUUUAUUGUCGUAAUUUCUUCGAAAGAUUGCCAGAUCAAUUUAGUUGAGCAGUCCGUAGGACCUUGAUCAAGAUAUCAGAUCUAAGGUAUCUAAGUGGAUUACCACCAUGAUUGUGGGGCUAGUCAAUUAGAUUGGCUUUGUUCGACAGACAAAUUCUCAAAUUCUCAUGAGACUGUAUUAGUCUUGAUUCUUGGUUCUGAAUGUUUAGUGAGAAAACUUGUGACUCUUAGCAAGUAUCAGUGAUUAAAAAAUAUGUAUUAGAAAUAAACGACUGA